UAGAAGGAGGCGGAGAGGGAUCGCUGUUCGCUUUUCUUCGGGUUCCUGACGUGGUGGCUGAGGCCCUUCAUUUUCGGACUUUCCCUUGGCCUUUCCAGGCCUUGUCCGGAGGCGGGAGUGGAGACGGCGUCCGGGGCUGGCAGCUCUGGUGCGGAGGGGCUGCGCCGGCCGCGGCUGUGAAGGCGCUGCGGCGGUUGUGGAGAGCUCGGCGCGGCUCUAGGGCUCCGGCGGCGGGGACGCGACGGGAUGGCUGCGGCCGGCGGCGGGGCGGCGGCCGGGCGAGCCUACUCGUUCAAGGUGGUGCUUCUGGGGGAAGGCUGCGUGGGAAAGACGUCGCUGGUGCUGCGCUACUGCGAGAACAAGUUCAACGACAAGCACAUCACCACUCUGCAGGCAUCAUUCUUAACAAAGAAGUUAAAUAUUGGUGGGAAAAGAGUAAAUCUUGCCAUAUGGGAUACAGCAGGUCAAGAGAGAUUCCAUGCAUUGGGUCCAAUUUACUACAGAGAUUCAAAUGGAGCUAUUUUAGUUUAUGAUAUAACAGAUGAAGAUUCUUUUCAGAAGGUUAAAAACUGGGUCAAAGAAUUACGGAAAAUGUUGGGAAAUGAAAUCUGUUUAUGUAUAGUUGGUAAUAAAAUAGACUUGGAGAAGGAGAGACAUGUUUCCAUUCAAGAAGCAGAAUCGUAUGCAGAAUCUGUGGGAGCAAAACAUUAUCAUACUUCAGCCAAACAGAACAAAGGAAUUGAGGAACUCUUUCUUGACCUUUGUAAAAGGAUGAUAGAAACGGCACAAGUGGAUGAAAGGGCAAAAGGCAAUGGCUCCAGUCAACCAGGAGCUGCAAGGCGAGGUGUACAAAUUAUUGAUGAUGAACCUCAAGCCCAGAGUGGUGGCGGAGGGUGCUGUUCUUCUGGAUAACUGUUCACCCCUAAGGAAUAAAAAAACAAAUAAACUGUGGAUCCUUGCCCUCAACACAAAGACUGCCAUAUUCCAAGUCACAUUAUUUUACCAAUGGAAUUAGAGAGUUAACAGUAUUUUAAAUUACGUUUAUAACACUGCAGAGACCUUAAGUGCUAAACUUAGUGGGGUUCAUGACCAGAGAAUUGGCAUUUUCUACACGUUAACAAAGCAAUUACCAAUGCCUUUUUACAUAUUUUUUUUCUUUAACAAGGAGUAAUAUGCAUGUAGAAAAGACCUACUUAAAGGCUUCAUUUAUAUUCUUUUAAAUCAGAUCUUUAUUUAAUAACUUAUAUAUGUUGUUGGAAUGGUAUACGUUUUUGCAGUCCUUUGUAUUUUGUGGUAGUUUGAAUUGUAUCACUUCUAAACAGCAAACUGUUUUUUUUUUUAAUUAGCAGAUACCUGAAGUACUAUUUUUGCAGGGUUUGCACAGGCCCCUAACUGUCUACUACACUUUGAUAUAAUCUAUAUUCAUCCUGUAUGCUGAGCUGAUAAAAUACAUUGUAAAUUACAUAUUAAAUAUUUUACCUGCUUUUACCAAGCGCAAGGUGCAAAAAUAUAUACAGUAGUCUCAUUGAUGACUGUAAAGUGAAUUAACAUUUGGUGAUAAUGUCUAAGCUUUUUGACUCUGAUCACAGCUCCCCUUCACUUUUGUCUUAACUUGAAAGUGGCGUGUUUAAAUUUUCUCAUAUACUUUACUUGAAUUAUUGCUGUUGUCACAUUUUUUGCCUCUGUAAAUCCAUCUAAUAAUUGAGCAACAGCAUUUGCCUUUUGGGGUUUUUUUCUGUUCUUUUGUGGGGGAUUUUUUUGUUUGUUUUUUGCUUUCUGUUUUUUUUGUUUGGAUAAAAGAGAUGACUUCUGCUGAUUUUGAUUUAGAAUGGUUACCUUAGAAGUAUUUGAGUGGAGCAUGCUGAGUUUCACUGCUACAAGGCUUUAGUUUUCUCUUAGACUUUAUGUGAGAUGGACUCAUUGGUAUGAGAAAAGAGGAAGAAGUCCCAGAUAGUAGCCACUCACCAAGACUCAUUCAUACAGCAUGUUAGUGGUAUUUUCUCCUCCACAGGCAGCACUUUUAGAUCCUUUGUGAGCAAGCUGUUUCUGGUCACUGCUUGCCAGAGAUGAACACAGAAAGCUUUGUUUCAUUUUAUAAGAGCUAUCCUUCUGAGUUUCUUUGAAGGGAAAUAUUUCAUGUAAUGAAGUUAUAGCGAACACUGGAAAGAUUUAUUAUAAAAUUAUAUUCUUGUAUACUUUGUAAAUUAGUCUCUCACUAAUUUUUUUUUUUCUUUAAGCAUAGGACUGAUAGAAUAGAGUCAGGCACUGCUCAUAGGAGGAACACAAAUUGUGGAAAUUAACAUAAAUUGUUCUUGCUCUAAUAUAUAUAUUUUUCCAUUUCUGUCAUGCUUGGAAAACUAGUAAAUGUUAUGUCUAAGAUAAAAUGGAAUGGUCCCUGGAUUUACUUCUUA